AUGCCCCGCGCGCUGCAUUGCUCCGUGGCGCCAGCGCCCGCGCCAGCCCGCUACACGCGCUGUGCCACCGCCCCCGGACAAGGCGUCUCCGCCGCCCCCGUCGCCGCCCCCGCCGCCUCUUCGCUGCACGCCGCCUCCACAGCGUUGCUGCUCGCCGGGCUCGCUUCUGCCGCUCUCGCGCUUCAUCUCACGCUGCGCUCCGGCACACGGCGCUACUUCCUGGACUGCUCGCUGGCGCAGGCGGCGGCCGCGCUUCUGGUAGGCGCGCGUGGCUGCUGCUGGCACGGGCUCGCCUCGGCGCACCGCACCUUCGUCACAGGUUACAUAGUGCUCAGCAUAUUCAGUUCACUGAAUGCUGUAUCACUGGGAGUGAUGCUGGUUCUUGACCUCCCUGCUGGCACUCCAUUUGCUGAUAUGGUUGGAGGUGUAGUGUGUGGCUUUGCAGUGUUGGCACUUUCCUUCGCAUUUAUUGGGGCAAUCAUAUCACAUUGCUGCCAAGUCACACCUCCUGACAACAGAGUUCAGCAUGCAGUCACUGGCUUCUCUGUCUGACUGCCUAGAUUAAUGUAAGAAAUGUCUGAAGCAAAGUGCAUAGAAAUUUGUAUGAGCCCUCUGUAGUCAAAAUAACAAAUUAUAUAGGUCAUGAGGCUAACUUUUAACUUUUUUUGGAAAAUACUCAGAGGCUGCAUACAUAUUUGCUAUGUACAGCUUUAUUUAUUCUUAUCCAGUUGUAUAAAUUAAAGAAUACAUCUCAAAUGUGCACAUUUUGCAUAGUGCAGCUGUUAAAAAUUGUUGUUGGGAACAUGAAUCAGCUGUGUUCUAGAGAAAACUAAUAACAUGAAAUAAAAUUCCUCUAAACUGAAAAACUGUUGUGCAGUUUUGAUAGGUAAUGUUUUACUCCUGUAUGUUUCAAUGAUGAAAUAAAGAACCUGACAGUUGUCAAAUUCAGACUUUUUCUGGUUUUAAAAUGCUUUCUAGUAAUCCCAGUUAUUUUACACCAUAGUAUGAGGUUGAUGCUCAUAGUAUUCUUGUGGACAAAUAUUAAACGCUCAGAAACUUCUCAAAUUCAAAAAUGAAAGUAUGCUUUCCAUCAGAUCUCAUCAGGCACUGCUUCUGUGGUCCUUGCAUCUGUCAUUCCAUAUGCUCUUCUUGUUCUUUCUGUGUUCUGAGUCAUUUAUUACUCAAACCUACUACCAUGUUUAAAAUACAUGUCAAUUUUACUGCAGACAAUUCAUCUACAUUCACCUUGAAAAUUAAACAUGAAUUUUACUACAUACAGAGACUUAAAUUUUACCAGGCUGAUAAGUUUGGAGACUUUGUGUCUGUACACUUCUUUAAAAUAUUUUUUUUACUUAUAUGCAAACUAGCCCUAUUUUCAUCUUCUCACCCCUUCAUACCACUAGUUUGACACAUUAUUUGUCACACUAACUUUAAUUUCAAGAGUCCCCUCCCCAUUUUCCCCUUUAGAGCAUCUACUGCAUUAUUUCCUGUAAUUACUGCAGCAAGUAGUUUCAGCCUUAACAUACAGUGGUUUGUAGAUGUGUAUUAUCUUAUAACCUGAACCAAAUAUCACCUAAAGGAAUUGCACACCAUCUGCUGUGAUGGUAUGUUCCAUAGUUUUUAUUAUCUAUGUGAUACAUACUGCUCACCAUAAGGUAAACACUUAUCAGUGUCAGAGUGUCUACUGUUGUUUAUAUUGUUUAAAAAAUCAAUUAAUUUAACCAUCAGUCUUCAGAAUUAUUUAAAAAUUUUAAAACUGUAAUACAACCCAAAUAUUAGGUACUCAGUGUAAAAUAUAAUAAAAUGUUAUUUAACCACUUUAAUUACCCCAAUGUAUCCAAAAUAUGUGAGUGCUCAAACAACUUAAUUUAUUUUCAUUGCAAGAAUUUAAUGACCUUUUUCUUGUAUUAAUACUCCAAACACAAAGUGACUGAUAUAGAAUGUUAUGCCAUUGUAAUUUUAGCCAUGAUUCACAUAAUCAAACUAAACAUGAAGUAUGUGAUGGUACAUACCAUUUGUAAUUAUAAUAUUCUCUUGAAAGCUUACAUAUUUCUGUGUGUUGUACCCUAAAUUAAUUAAUCAGUAUAACUGACAUGUCUCAAAGUUCAUUGAAAAUCAGUGACUGCAGUAUUUUUUGAAGCUAUAAAUGAAAUAAAAUUAUGAAAUUUUUCUUAAUUUAGUCCUUUCACAUUUACAUUUGCUGAUCCACUGCUAAAAGAACUCAUUUACUUGAAAAUAUUGAAUUUGUGGAGUUUGGUCAGAACAGAACAUGCUUCAAGAGACCAUUUUAUUUGAUUUUUAAUAAGGAAGACUUCAUAAAGUGAAACACUUCAUAAAGAGGAAAGCAAAAUUUUUUCUCUAUCUAAUUAAUGCCAAAUAUAUAUCUGCACCUUCAUUACAAGCCUGAAGAACAGGAAGAUAUCCUUUACUACAAGGGUAAGAGAUAAAGUUUUACAGAAAACCCAUGCCAUAAACUUUUCACUGAAUUGAAAUGUACAAUUCUUUUCAAUAUUUAUUAAAAUUCAUAUGUUCAUUCUCCAUAUUACACAUUUAUCUUAAAAAAGACAGUUAGUGUACACAUCCUUGGACAGGAGCUUCCUUCAGGGUGUAUAAUGUGUAAAAUAAUUAGAUGGAAAAGAUGAAAGACAAAUUACAGUAUAGUACAAAGAUUUAUUCCUUUGAUGAUUUAUUCACUGAUUCAGAAUGAAUUGAUUUAUGCUUAAUUUUAAUUUUUAAUUAUAAAGUAACUAUAAUUCAUUUAAAAUGACAAAAAAUUAUCUCUCCUUAAAUGACACUUUUAUUCAUUUGAAAAUUUGCUUUAAUCAGUUUUUUGCCCUUUGGCACAGACAGUUUUGAAAUGCAAGUACUUAACAUGUUAUACGUUUUUAUAUAGGAAAGUGUGCAGUCAUACACUAAUUAGAUCUUUUUGCUUUUGUUUAACAUAGCAGCAAUAAAUUUGUAAAAAUCACUUACAUUUUCAGUAUAUGCUUGCAGAUAUAAGGAAUCUUAUAGAUUUAGUUAUUGUGUUCCAGUUUACGGAAAUGAAAUGUAUCAAUAAAAUUACAGGGGCAGCAAAAAUGCCUAAUUUGUGGUGUAGAAUGGGACAAUAAUUUACAUCACAAAUCAGAGUAACUUUUUUGCUGGAAGUAUGUGUUUUGAGUUCCAUGUGAAAUGACGUGUGUGCCAAAUAUUUAGUUAUAAAUCACAUAUGCAGUGUGUCUGAUGUCCCAUGAAUUAUAAAGAAAGAGAGAUUUUAUGAUGGAUGUAAUGUAAUAAUAUACUUAUGUACUCAGUAACACUGAUUCUUCUACUACAUAUAUGUGAGAACUAGAUAUUUAUUGUAAAAUGUGAUAUGAUAGUUUUUGCUUGUUCUAAGUCACUGUUAAUAUGAAAGUUUAUGUAACAAUUAUAUAUUAGAAAACAUUUGAGUGAAAUAAAAUUAAACUCAGAUAAAACAA